AUGAGGAAGCAGGAGGUGCGGACCGGCGGGGAGGCAGGCCAGGGCCGAGGCCCCGGCUCCCCGGCUGGGCAAGUGAAAGCCCUCGUGGACCUGCUGGCCGGGAAGAGCAGUCAGGGCUUCCAGGCCCCAGAGCCCCUGGACAGGGUGCCACAGGCCCCCCUAGGGCCUCACGGUGACGACUCGAGGAUACAGAAGUGCCGGGAGGCUCUGCUGAACAGGGCGAGAGGCGGCCCCCCGCCCAGGCUGACCAGCCUCCUGCUGCUGGAGGGGCUGACAGACCUACAGCUGAGGGAACAUGACUUCACACAGGUGGAGACCACGCGUGGGGCCUGGCGCCCGGCCAGGAGCCUCACCCUGGACAGACUCUUCCUGCCUCUGUCUCGGGUGUCUAUCCCCCCCCGAAUCUCCAUCACCAUCGGGGUAGCUGGCGUGGGCAAGACCACCCUGGUGAGGAACUUUGUCCAGCUCUGGGCCCGGGGACAGGUCGCCAAGGACUUCUCCCUGGUGCUCCCCUUGACCUUCCGAGAUCUCAACACCCACGAGAAGCUGUCUGCGGACAGACUAGUCCGCUCCGUCUUCUCGCACAUCGGGGAGUCCGGCCCGGCGGCGGCAGCCCCACCCAAAACCCUCCUGAUCCUGGAUGGCCUGGACGAGUGUAAGACACCUCUGGACUUCUCAAACACCGUGGCCUGCACGGACCCCAAGAAGGAGAUCCAGGUGGACCAUCUGAUCACCAACAUCAUCCGGGGCAACCUAUUCCCAGAAGUCUCUGUCUGGGUCACUUCCCGCCCCAGCGUGGCCGGCCAGAUCCCGGGGGGCCUGGUAGACCGGAUGACAGAGAUCCGGGGCUUUGACGAGGAGGAGAUCAAGGCGUGUCUGGAGGAGAUGUUCCCCGAGGACCACACCCUCUCCGACUGGGUCCUGAGGCAGGUGCGGGCGGACAGGGCCCUGUACCUGAUGUGCACGGUCCCAGCCUUCUGCCGGAUUGCGGGGUCAGCCCUGGGUCACCUGCGCCACAGCGGGCCGGGGCCCCAGGACGCCGGGCAGCAGGCUCCGAGGACCCUGUGCGAGCUCUACUCUUGGUACUUCAGGAUGGCCCUCGGUGGGGACGGGCAGGACAAGGGCAAGGUGAGCCCUCGCAUCGAGCAGGUGGCCCACAGCUGCCGCAAGAUGGUGGGCACUCUGGGGCGGCUGGCCUUCCACGGGCUGGUCAGGAAGAAGUACGUGUUCUACGAGCAGGACCUGAAGGCGUUUGGCGUGGAUCUCGCUCUGCUGCAGAGCGGCCUGUGCAGCCGCUUCCUGCAGCGGGAAGAGACGCUGGCCGCGUCGACGGCCUACUGCUUCACGCACCUGUCCCUGCAGGAGUUUGUGGCGGCCGCGUAUUACUACGCUGCCUCCAGGCGGGCUAUCUUCGACCUCUUCGCCGAGGGUGGCGUGUCCUGGCCCCGCCUCGGCUUCCUCACACACUUCAGGAGCGCGGCCCAGCGGGCCAUGCAGGCCGAGGACGGGCGGCUGGAUGUGUUCCUGCGCUUCCUCUCAGGACUCCUCUCCCCCGGGGUCAACGCCCUGCUGGCAGGCUCCCUGCUGGUGCAGGGGGAGCACCAGGGCUACGGGGCCCAGGCGGCCGAGCUCCUGCAGGGCUGCCUGCGCCCCGACGUGGCGGUGUGCGCCCGCGCCGUCAACGUCCUGCACUGCCUGCACGAGCUGCGGCACACGGAGCUGGCCCGCGGCGUGGAGGAGGCCAUGCAGAGCGGCAGCCUGGCGGGGCUGACCGGCCCCCGGCACCAAGCGGCCCUGGCCUACCUCCUGCAGGUGUCAGACGCCUGCGUCCAGGAAGCCAACCUGUCCCUGUGCCUCAGCAAGGGCGUCCUCCAGAGCCUGCUGCCCCAGCUGCUCUACUGCCGGAGCCUGAGGCUGGACAACAACCAGUUCCAGGACCCCGUGAUGGAGCUGCUGGGCAGCGUGCUGAGCGGGAAGGACUGUCGCAUUCAGAGGAUCAGCUUGGCUGAGAACCAGAUCAGUAACAAAGGGGCCAAAGCUCUGGCCAGAUCCCUCCUGGUCAACAGAAGUCUGACUGCUCUGGACCUCCGCAGUAACUCCAUCGGACCUCAAGGGGCCAAGGCUCUGGCAGAUGCUCUGAAGAUUAACCGCACUCUGGCCUUUUUGAGCCUCCAGAACAAUGCCAUCAGGGAUAACGGUGCCAGGUUUGUGGCUGAGGCCUUGGCCGCCAACCGGACCCUCUCUGUGCUACACCUGCAGAAGAAUACUAUCGGGCCUCUGGGAGCCCAGCAGACGGCAGAUGCCCUGAAGCAGAACAGGAGUCUGAAGGAGCUCAUAUUCUCCAGUAACAGCAUUGGUGAUAAAGGUGCCGAGGCCCUGGCUAAGGCCCUGAAGGUGAACCAGGGCCUGAAGAGCCUGGACCUGCAGAGCAAUUCCAUCAGUGAUGCAGGUGUGGCGGCGCUGAUGGGUGCCCUCUGCACCAACCAGACCCUCAUCAGCCUCAACCUGCGAGAAAACUCCAUCAGCUCAGAGGGAGCCCGGGACCUGGCUCAAGCUCUCUGCAGCAACAGCACCCUGAAAAAUCUGGAUCCCCUCUUUCUGCACCUUCCAGGGCCUCCCGGGCUCUGCUCUGGCCCACAUGGUCACACGCGUCUGUGUCUGCCCAGCCUGCAGUGGAACUUCAUCCAGGCCGGUGCGGCCAAGGCCCUGGGACAAGCACUACAACUCAACCGGAGCCUGACCAGCCUCGAUUUGCAGGAGAACGCCAUCGGGGACGAGGGCGCCUCCGCACUGGCCAGCGCACUAAAGGCCAACACGGCCCUCACCGCUCUGUAUCUGCAGGUGGCCUCCAUUGGUGCCCGGGGGGCCCAGGCGCUAGGGGAUGCCCUGGCUGUGAACAGGACCUUGGAGAUUCUCGACUUAAGAGGAAAUGCCAUCGGGGUGGCCGGAGCCAAAGCCCUGGCAAAUGCUCUGAAGGUCAACUCAAGUCUCCGAAGACUCAAUCUUCAAGAGAAUUCCUUGGGGAUGGAUGGGGUGAUAUGCGUUGCCACGGCACUCUCUGGGAACCACGGCCUCCAGCACAUCAACCUCCAGGGAAAUCACAUUGGGGAGUCUGGCGCCAGGAUGAUCUCGGAGGCUAUCAAGACCAACGCUCCUUCGUGCACUGUUGAAAUGUGA